CUAACGUCGCACUCAGGAAUUUUUUUAAAAAUCGCUUUUUUAAGAAGGCAAGCAAAAAGCAGCGAAGAUAGCUCUCUCUCUUCUCUGCUCCGUCUCUCUCUCCAUCUCCGUCAUCGCCAUCGCCAUCGCCAUCACCGCACUCGUCCUCGUGUUCCCUCUUAUCCAUUCGAAUUCGAGCUCGAGCUCGUGCUCCAGAGGUGGGCCCGCUUCCCCUGCCUGUCGCAUGGCCACCAUGGAGGGCUUGAUCGGCCUGGUCAACAGGAUUCAGCGCGCUUGCACGGUCCUCGGCGACCACGGCGGCGGCCGCGGCGCCCUGCCUACCCUCUGGGAGGCUCUUCCCUCCGUCGCCGUCGUCGGCGGCCAGAGCUCGGGUAAAUCGUCCGUGCUGGAGAGCAUUGUUGGCCGAGAUUUUCUCCCUCGGGGUUCAGGAAUUGUUACCAGGCGGCCUCUGGUGUUGCAGCUGCAUAAGACAGAGUCUGGUCUACAAGAAUAUGCAGAAUUUCUACAUUUGCCAAAGAAAAGAUUCACCGACUUCUCUGUGGUUCGCAAUGAAAUUCAAGAUGAGACCGAUAGAUUGACUGGAAAGUCGAAACAGAUAUCCCCGGUUCCCAUCCAUCUUAGCAUAUAUUCUCCAAAUGUUGUCAACUUAACUUUGAUAGAUUUGCCUGGAUUGACCAAAGUUGCUGUAGAGGGACAGCCAGAGAGUAUCGUUCAAGACAUUGAAACUAUGGUUCGGUCAUAUGUCGAAAAGCCAAAUUGCAUUAUCUUGGCCAUUACUCCAGCGAAUCAAGAUAUUGCUACAUCUGAUUCGAUCAAGCUCGCAAGAGAAGUUGAUCCUUCAGGUGAGAGAACAUUUGGCGUCUUGACAAAGCUUGAUUUGAUGGACAAGGGAACUAAUGCCAUUGAGGUCCUAGAAGGAAGGUCUUAUCGGCUUCAACACCCUUGGGUUGGUAUAGUGAACCGUUCCCAAGCUGAUAUAAAUAGGAGUGUCGACAUGAUCUUUGCUCGGAGGAAGGAACGUGAGUUCUUUGCAACAAGCCCUGAUUAUGGACACUUGGCCAGUAGAAUGGGUUCAGAGUACCUUGCCAAACUCCUUUCGAAGCAUCUAGAGUCUGUCAUUAGAGCUCGCAUACCGGACAUAACAUCUUUGAUCAAUAAAACAAUUGAUGAACUUGAAGCAGAGUUGAAUCAUCUAGGUAGAUCUGUGGCUGCUGAUGCUGGGGCCCAAUUAUACACCAUAUUAGAGUUGUGCCGCGCAUUUGACCGAAUUUUCAAGGAGCAUUUGGAAGGAGGACGACCUGGUGGUGCUAGAAUCUAUGGUGUUUUUGACAAUCAACUCCCUGCCGCUUUAAGAAAGCUUCCUUUCGAUCGGCACCUGUCACUGCAAAAUGUGAGGAAGGUGGUGUCAGAGGCAGAUGGCUACCAGCCUCAUCUUGUCGCUCCUGAGCAGGGUUAUCGACGGCUUAUUGAUGGCGCUCUUAAUUAUUUUAGAGGGCCAGCUGAAGCAUCAGUGGAUGCUGUUCAUUUCAUCUUGAAGGAGCUUGUGAGAAUAUCCAUAGGAGAAACUCAGGAAUUGAAGCGUUUUCCAACUCUUCAAGCGGAAAUCCGAGCAGCUGCGAGUGAAGCACUGGAGAGGUUCCGUGAAGACAGCAAGAAGACAACUUUGCGGCUGGUGGACAUGGAAUCUUCAUACCUGACAGUGGACUUCUUUAGGAGACUCCCUCAGGAAGCAGAAAAGGGAGGAAAUCAAGCUGCCAAUUCUGCAGAUCGGUACUCGGAGGGGCAUUACCGUAGGAUCGGAUCAAAUGUAUCCUCUUACGUCGGGAUGGUUUCUGAGACGCUGAGGAACACGAUCCCAAAGGCUGUGGUCCAUUGCCAAGUGAGAGAAGCAAAACGAUCUUUACUAGACCAUUUCUAUACUCAAUUGGGCAAAACGGAGGCCAAUCAGCUUGCUCAGUUGUUGGAUGAAGAUCCUGCACUGAUGGAAAGAAGGCAGCAAUGCACCAGGAGGCUCGAGUUAUAUAAAUCUGCUCGGGACGAGAUAGACUCAGUUUCUUGGUCAAGAUGAAAAGAUUUGCAUGCUUGAUGAUGAAGAUCGCUCGUGGCUCGUGGCAUAGAUGAAUGGCUCGGGCUGUCUCGAUGAAUAUAUGUACUUUGUUAUAAUUUUUUAGGCUUGUCGCUUGUACUUUUGAGUGGUGUACAUAUGUAUACUCCGGCUUGGAUGGGUACUCAGAUGUUAACAGUUGGAUGAACUGUUAUCUGAACAAAAAUGCUGUCGCUGUAA